CUAUUCUUUCGGAUAAUCUUCGUCAUUUAAGCGGCAUAGAUUAUAAAGUUAAAGAGUGGAAACAGCUGACAAGCACUUGCUUCUUGCUGUAGCUCAUAUGUUAGGUACAUAAGCUCAAAACGGUUCCGAGCUAGAAACACAAUGACGUCAACAUCUCUUUUAACCCCACCAACGUCAUCGCCCAUCUAAGUAUUCCUCAUAUCCUCCUGGUAUCUUGAUAUCUACCUGGCCGUGGCACAUUGUAGCUCUUACGUACAAGUCAGUAUAGAUUCGGCUUCAUGUAGUCAAGCCACAUACCCUCGUAUGCCGAAAGGAAGGAAUACGGGGCUUGCAAGGAACCUCUUUGUGCGUUCACCUUGCCGUCUUAAGCGGUCAUUCUUCCCUUACAGGGAACCCGUCGUAUGCCAUCAUAAAAGACGUCAGAGACAAGCCCGCUCUAUCCUGUUGUAGUCUAUGUAGCAAAUAUAUCCAUAUAUACCUGCCCUACCACCGAGUCUUGGCCGUUCUUAAUUCUCCAGAUUUACACGACCCUUUACGACCCAAACAUAAGCAAGCUUUAUAUUCCUUGACAGCCAAGAAUACGACAUUAGAUACUAACCUUCCUACAUACCUACAUACCUACAUACCUACACACCUAGGUAGGUAUAUACAUAAUCCGGCAUAUUACUCUAUAUUUAAUUCACCAUGGAGACCGUAAGCAACGUGGCGUCUGCGGCUGUUAAGGCUGUCUGGGGCGAGAAUAAGCAAAACGGCCCGGAGCCUAUCUCGGGUCAGACUGGCGACACCUCUAAGGGUGAACCGUACGAUGCUGGUAACAUUGAGGAUCCUAAAGUCCAAGCCGCCAGGGCAGAAACAAAUGGCCAAACUAAUGGCGAGGUCAACAGAUCAACAGAAUACACUAAAGAUGCUCAGUUCUCUAAGGAGACAGGCACUGCAGUAGAAGCCAAGGAUACGCCAGACAACCCGUCGACAAAGCUCAAGUCAAGGAGCAUACCCGACGAUACAACCAAGGCUCAGAACGACGUGCGCAGCCCAGAGGAUCCGAAAACGAACCCCAAGUCCGCGCCUACUGAUGUCAACGACACCGAAGACGGUCUGAACGAGGCCCAGAAGCUAGAUGGCCCUGGACCUAAGCCGCUCGAUGAGAUAGCGCGCGAGCACGGCGGCGACGCGGGUAAAAUAGGAAAGGAAGAGAGCAAACCGCUUCCCGGCAAGGAAAGCGAGAGCAAGAGCAGCGGCGAAGACGGAGACGGAGACGGCCCGAACGCAAAGAGUACCGGCGAGGGCACCGGCGAGCAGUACGUCAAGAGCAGCGGCCUCCAGGCCGACGGCGGAGACUUCGACGCCACGAAGCCGGGGGCCGGCAGGGAAGCUGACCGCCUGCUAGGGGAGAAGGGAAUCCAUCCCGUCGGCGGCGCGAAAGACGACGACGCCUUGGAGCACGACGACAAGAAGGACAAGGACAAAAAGAGCAUCGGGCAGAAGAUCAAGAAUAAACUGCACCGACACUAAUUUCGCCGGCCGUAGGGACUGGCUACGGGUGCUUAUGAUAAUGAUGAUUCAUGACUUCUGAGAACUGCGAGGCUCGCGCUGUUUGACUAGGGCGGCGAUAUGAGUAUAGGGUCGCCGUCAAGCUCAGGCGUCUUUCGCUUUGCGGCGUCUGUGUUGUUGUUACUACUAGUUAUGAUAUAAUAUCAAGUAUUUUCACAGUUACGUAGCAUAGCUCGUUAUCCGCCCUCUUAAGGAGAAGAAGUUGCUUUCCUUGUUUGUUAUAUCUUGCUCUUAAUAUAUUUCAUGAGUUUCUUCA